UGGCUUUCGCGUUCGGUUUUACCCGCUUUUUGUAUUUGAUGAACAAAAUAAUUGAAUUUUGUUUUUAGUGAAUUAAGUGUUUACAUUGAAAAUAAAUUUUAUAAAUAAAAUAUGACGGACCAAAAUCGUGUGCGCAAGCACAAGUCCAACAAAACAAAAAAGCUGCUCAGAACAAUGUUUUGCAGCAUAGUCAUGCAGCUAUUAAUACUGUUUCGAAAAUUUUUAGAUAAAUUUAUUGAUUAUAUUUUCUCUUUGUACUGGUCGAACAAAGAACAACCAUUAUCUCCUUUGGAAGAUGACUAUUUUGUAAUGGAGAGUGCAGUCAGUAUUGCUAAAAAAAUUCGUGAACGCAAGUUAACAUCUGAAGAAGUUGUAACUGCAUACCAACGCAGGAUAAACAAGGUCAAUUAUAUCUUAAAUGCUGUAGUCGACAUGAGAUUUGAUAAAGCACUAGAGGAAGCUAAAGCCAUAGACAAAAAAAUUAACAACGGAGAAUAUACUGAACAGGACUUCAAGAAUAAACCUUUUUUGGGAGUUCCUUUUACAACAAAGGACUCCACUGCUGUUGAAGGAUGUUCUCAUACUCUUGGAUUAAUUUGUCGAAGAUAUAUGCGUGCUGCUUCAAAUGCUGAAGUUGUAAGAUUAAGCAUAGAAGCCGGAGGUAUUUGUUUGGGUGUCACAAACGUUCCGGAGGUGAACAGAUGGCAAGAGACAUAUAAUAAUUUGUAUGGUUUAACUAAAAAUCCAUACAAAUUAUCUCGUACUGUUGGAGGCUCAAGUGGUGGCGAAGGUGCUAUAGUGACAGCUUGUGGAUCAGCUUGGGGAUUAGGAACUGAUAUUGGUGGCUCUAUUAGGAUGCCUGCUUUUUACUGUGGUAUAUUUGGUCAUAAACCAACAUCAGAGUUGACUAAUAUGAAAGGUUGUACAUUCCGAACUGGACAGGAGACCAAUACAAUGGUACAAGCUGGUCCUAUGACUCGUCAUGCUGAAGAUCUUUUGCCCUUGCUAAAAAUUCUUGUAGGUGAAAAAUGCAGUUUAUUGAAGUUGGAUACUCCAGUUAAAAUGAAGAAUUUAAAAGUGUACUAUAUAGAAGAAAAUCGCGACAUUAAAUGCAGCUCUGUAUGUCAGCCAUUAAAAGAAUGCCUAAAAAAGGUUGUACGUGAACUCGAAACAGUAUGUAAUGAAGUAAAGCCUGCAUCAGCUGAGGGUAUCGAAUAUUCAUUUAGGUUAUGGCGCUACUGGAUGACUAAAGAACCAGCAGAUUUCGCAACACUUUUGAAUAACGGAGAUGCAAAAGCUAAUGGCAUUCAUGAACUGCUCAAAAAGUGCAUUGGACAAAGUGAUUACACCAUGGCUUCUAUUUUGAGUUUGCUUGAUAGCUGUCUACUAAAGCCAGAAAAUGCCAAAUGGGCUGAAGAAUUGACAGAAAAGUUGAAGUCAUAUUUUGAGGAAUUAUUAGGCUCUGAUGGUGUCCUGAUAUACCCGAGCACAACUUUCACAGCACCUUACCAUUAUUCAGCAUUUUUAAGACCAUAUAAUUUCUCAUACUGGGGAAUAUUCAAUGUAUUACAUCUGCCUGUUACACAAGUACCCCUUGGAUUGGAUAAAGAUGGACUUCCAUUAGGUGUUCAAGUAGUGGCUGCUCCAUACAAUGAUCACCUUACUAUAGCUGUAGCUUCAGAACUGGAAAAAAUAUUUGGUGGUUGGGUCCCACCAUUUGAAGUAUUACCUUCGUAAUUAGUCUUGUUUGUGCGCAAAUUUUUUAAUUAUAGAAAUUUACAUUGUAUAUGCAUUUAUGUUGCGGGAUAUUUUUAUGCUUCUGACUGCAAU